GCGGGCACAUGCUGGGAGCUGAGAGUGAGGCAAAGAAUCAGCUGGGGGACAGUGGGGAGCCCUCGUGGCCAUGACACUGCAUCCCGCCCACGGUCACGGUAUGGCGGCGGCGCUUCUGUGGAAGAAGAAACCGAGAUACCGAUGUGGAAGUGACUUGGCAGGUAAUCUUUGGAAGGCUAUCUCAUAUCGAGGGGGAGGAGGGGGUGCCUCAUCACUCGACGAGCGUUGCCGUGAAGAUGGCGGCUUUUCCAGGAUCAGAUCCAUGGACCAGGAGACGCCAUCGUCCGGCCGACAGUCCCCCAGGCAGUUCGGAAUAUUUCGCCUGUGGACCAGCGGUGUGCGGCGUGGAAGUCACUGCGAUCGGCGGUGUGCGGCACCGGCUGAGCAGUGGAAAGCCUCCUUAGCCCCACCAAGUAUCGGGCGGCGGGAAGGUAUCGCGAGUUUCGCGCCCAGUGUUUCCCGCCGCUAUGUUCAAAAUGAACAAGACGCAGAUAUUUUCAAUAAUCCCGCCGAUGAAACGGACGAACAGAGGGGCACAUUGGCGGGAAAUCACGGUUGGCGCGCUUUGUCAACUCGCUUUUUGAUGGUCUCCCGUGGGUUCGUUUCUUCGUCGCGCUCGCCGUUUUUCUUGUUGCCGUCAUCGUUAUGUUCUCACCAUCUGUCAUCCCCGGCUGCGCAAAUCCGGACACGUGGCGGAUUCAGCUUCGCCUGCACUUUCGCGUCCUCGAGGUGCGGUCCUCUGUACCCUCUCGAAGCCCAGAGCGAAGGCCAUCGCGAGCUGCUCUCGAAUCCAUGGCCAGGGAAUGUGGAUGCUAAGCACCGUGUGGGAAAGGUUAGCGACGAUGAGGAGGAGGAAGAAGAAGAGGAGUUGGAGCAAGACGAGGAGGAGGGGGAGGUACAUUGGAGUCCGCUGCCAGAUCGCUCAUCGGGCGAUCCUAUGAAAGCAAAAAAGCUGUCUAGAGGACGGCCGUUGUCCUCUGCAUGGAUUACUCUGCCUGCCGUGAUUGUCGCCGACAAUCACGGAUUGGCGGCGAUGAGGUCACUGGCAAAUGCUCGAAUCGAGAGGAAGUGGAGUCGGGAUCGAGUGCGGCGGGAAACGGCUGACGAGCUGCGCAUCCAGCCGGCUGUGUGUGCAGUGGGAAAUGUGUCGGCGCUCCGAUGGAUGCAGCGGUGCUGCCCUUCGCUACCGCAUUCUGUCAUAAGAAAGCUGUUUCGCAAGAGACAGGUCAGAUUGAUUGUGGAAGACCAGGGAAAUUGCAGCAGCAAGGAGGAUCAUGAAAAAGAAGAGUACCAGCAGGAGGAAGAUACAAUGGCAGAGAAGAAAAUGAAAAGCCUCAGCUGCUUGAAGAGGCCGUCAGAAGAAUCAUCGCGCUUGGUGCGGGUGCGUGAGAGUGACGUUCUGACUUCAGGUUCUGUGCUUUGCAUCAGAAGAGGAGAUGCAGAAAGGUUUGGACUUUUUGCACAAGGAAGGGAACAUUGGGGGCAGAGCAAAGGGGAGGAAGAGGUAGGCACCAUUGCCCCAAGAGGAGGAAAGAGAGGAGAGCAACAAGCAACCCUCUCACACCGGCGGCUGCAACCUGAAGAGAAGAAGCGAGAACACUUGCGAAAAGAAGGCGAGAGGUGCUCCGGGAAACACGUCGGGCCAGUAGGAAUUGUAGCUGUUCCUACUAGGGUCGAGAUGGUGGAGACACCCUCACCAUCUCGAGAGAUGGCCCAAACUACUGACUCCAGCGUCGUCCCACAAGCACAUUCGGACCCAUCGAGCCUCUGUUCGAUGAAUGUGUUUGAGUCCUUAGAGGAGUUAGAGGUUGAGUGGUCUAGAUUAGACCCGCUAGCUUCUUGGACGACACUUGUCAAAGCCCCAAAGGGAGAGAUGUUCGUCAUCGAGGUAGUCAUUGGCGGCCGCAAGGCCGGGGCCUAUUAUGACACUUGCUCGACGCGAAACUUUAUUAGUCGCGCGUGCGUUGAGAGAUUGCGCUUACAGGGGCGAGUGCAACGCCUGAGUCGACCUGUGGAGUCGACCUGUGCCAACAAACAGCGCAUGGUAGUUAACGACUACCUCCAGGAUGUAGAGUGUUGUUUCCCGUACGCGGGAGGGGACUUGAGACAUCGUGUCUCGUUCCUAGUGAGCGAUGAACUCCCCAUGGACAUGUUGUUAGGUAUGUACUACCUCUCUGCGGCACAACCCCAGUUUGACUGGGACCGAAAAGUGGUCAAACACACUUUGCCAGGUGGAGGGACCGCCAGAUUACACAAGUUCAAAGCUAGUAGUCUGGUCGAGUCCUACGGGUGCAUGUGUGCGGCCGCGUUUUAUAAUUAUUAUAAGCAAAAUCAGGAGGAGGGUAUGUACUUUGUUUAUGUCUCUGCUGCAGGCGAGCCGGUGAAAAUGCCGCCGGAGAUAGAGGGAGUAGUUGCUAAGUACCCUGAUCUAUUUGAAGAGUCGACUGGGGGUGUUGAGAGAGAGGUCGUCCACGUGAUAGAGAUUAUCCCAGGGUCUAGUAUUCCGAAGGGUAGGAUCUAUCGGAUGUCUCCAGGUGAGCUUAAUGAGCUUCGCCGCCAACUCAAGGAACUCGUAGAGAAGGGUUGGAUCCGGCCGAGUCUCUCUCCUUAUGGGUCUCCAGUUCUAUUUGUGCCUAAGAAGAAGGAGGGUACUCUUAGGAUGUGCAUUGACUAUAGGGGCCUCAAUGCCAUCACCGUAAAGAACAGAGAGCCCCUACCGCGCAUCGAUGAUCUGUUAGAUAGAGUGCAAGGGUGUCGGUACUUCAGUAAGAUAGAUCUGAAGUCCGGGUACCAUCAGAUUGCAAUCCGGCCCGAGGAUCAACACAAAACCGCUUUUCAGACCAGGUACGGUCUGUACGAGUUUGUGGUGAUGCCUUUCGGCCUUUGCAAUGCUCCUGGCACCUUUCAGCACGCUAUGAAUCGGAUAUUCCAUGACUACUUGGAUAAGUUUGUCGUCGUGUACCUCGAUGACAUACUUAUUUUUAGUAAGACUGUCGAGGAGCACGUUGCACAUUUGGACAAAGUCCUUAGUCUCCUUCGACAGCACAAGUUCAAGAUCUACGGUGAGAAAUGCGAGUUUGGCCGCACCCGUGUCUUGUACUUGGGUUAUGAGAUCUCCGCGGAAGGGUUGAAGCCCGAUAAAGCGAAAGUGACCAGCAUUCGUGAUUGGCCACGUCCUCACUCUGUGACUGAGAUGAGAUCUUUCUUAGGAAUGACAGGCUACUAUAGGACUUUCUUUAAGAACUAUAGCAUAGUGGCCGCUCCUUUGACUGAUCUGACCCGCCUUGACACCCCAUGGGAGUGGACAGAGAAGUGCGAGGCUGCUUUCAAACACCUGAAGCAUGCGUUGACGCACUAUGAAGUCUUGAAACUUCCUGAUCCUGACAAGCCGUUCAUAGUCACCACGGAUGCCAGCCAAUAUGGCAUUGGCGCCGUGCUUGCGCAGCAGGAGGGGCCAAAGUUGAGGCCAGUAGAGUACAUGUCCAAGAAAAUGCCGUCUCAGAAGUUGGCUAAAUCCACUUAUGAGAAGGAACUCUAUGCGGUGUACAAGGCACUCACCCAUUGGAGACACUAUCUCCUUGGGAGAAGGACUGAUCAUCAGACCCUGAGAUGGAUGAGAACCCAGCCGGUACUCUCUGACGCUCUCAAGCUUUGGAUCGAAGUCAUUGAGCAAUAUGACUUUGACCCUCAGUAUCUAAAAGGGGAGUACAACAAGGUUGCUGAUGCCUUGUCGCGCAGACCGGACUUCUCAGGUGCGCUGAUUACUGAGUUCGAUCUGACGGACAAUGUUACUCAGUCGUUGGUGAAAGCCUAUCGCGAGGACCAGUUUAUGUCUGAGAUCAUACGCAGACUUGAGGCGAAGGAUAAGAAGACUUCCGCCGAGUUUGAGUUGGUCAAUGGCUUGCUGUUCCUAGAGAAGGCAGGGAAUAAACGCUUGUGUGUUCCAAAUAGCGAGUCUUUGCGUAGUUUGUUUUUAGGCGAAUGUCAUGAUGCCACCGGCCAUUUUGGGUAUAAGAAGACCACAACCAACUUGCUGCAGCGGUUCUGGUGGACCACGAUGAUGCGAGAUGCGCAGCUGUACGUGGAGACUUGUCAAGUUUGUCAACGGGACAAGCCACGUACUCAGGCUCCUCUUGGGCUUCUGAAGCCCCUUCCGAUUCCGGAACGGCCUGGUGAGAGUCUGUCCAUGGAUUUCAUGGAUACUCUGAUUACCAGCAAGAGUGGAAUGCGUCACAUCUUCGUCAUCGUGGAUAGAUUUAGUAUGCUAGGUUAGGAUGUCAGGUUUACCAGCGAGUUGUGGAAGGCCGCUGCUGCAGAGCAGGGCACUCAGUUGCAAAUGACUUCUGGGAAUCACCCAGAGGCCAACGGCCAGGCUGAGCAACUGAACCGCGCUGAUGCUCACUUCAUUGUCAUCAACAAGCCACCUAGGUUAGCGGUGCAGGGUGGAACGCGCGUGGGACAGCAUCUAGAUGGGCUCAUGGCGUCAGCUCUCAGGUUCGACUAUGAAGAAGGACCGAGACUGGUACAUAGGCUUGAUGCAGCCACCAGUGGUACUCUAGUCCUUGCCCGCACUCAAGCGAGCGCCAAUAUGCUUGGUAACAUUUUUCGCGACAAGACAGCUUCUCUCCAAGCACGAACCACCAGCAGGUCUGCCAUCAGCGGUCUCAAGGACAUCUUCCCAGUGAAGGAUCGUUCAUGGAGUCCGUCUGCUCUUCAGCGCUGCUAUUGGGCUUUGGUUCAGGGAGUGCCUGCAAAGCCACAGGGGCUGAUCCAGGAGCCUCUUGGAAAGAUUCAAGGGGAUCGUGUGGCAGUUGUUGAUCCUGAGAGUACUGGUGCGAAGCCAGCAGCAACAUUCUACCGUGUGAUGAUGACUCAUCCAACGGGAUUCGCGUGGCUGGAGCUGUGGCCUUUAACAGGAAGGAAACACCAGAUCAGAGUUCAUUGUUCCUCCGUUCUUGGAACACCAAUUGUCGGAGACUCCAGAUAUGGUUGGAAAUCCCAGAAGAAAAUGGCCAGCAAGACAAGCAAGUCAUCGUCAACUGAUGACAUGGAGGAGACACAGUGUUUGGCAGCAGGGAAGGAAGAGUCGUUAUCAACUUUGAAUCUCAAGCAACAUUCAUGUUCUUCGUCUUCGUCUUCAUCAUCAUCAUCAUCAUCAUCAUCAUCAUCAUCAUCAUCGUCUUCAUCAUCAUUGUCAUUAUCGUCGUCAUCAUCGCUAUUGUUAUCGUCAUCAUCGUCUUUAUUCUCAUCGUUAGGUGGAGGAGGAAGACAGCAAUUACGUAAUGCGAACGAGUCCAUAGAUGGUACCUUGCAUGCAUGGAACCCGGUGGCAAUGGAGCAACUAAUUCCGGAUGAGAUUAGGUCCGCUUUCAUGCCGACAAGUUGUGAUGUGCCCAAACAAUUCCAAUCUGCUCAUUUCUCUGGGGAUGGAUGGAGAGAUCCUCCUCUGGCAUCGCUUCCCUGUUCGGUGCAGCUGGCAAUGGAAGAACCGCAAGAAGGUGUCGAUGCAGAUCCAUGGGGAAGCGUCACCACUGUCGACAUGAACACAGAACAGCUGUCGCAAACUGACUCACAUGCUGAGGUUCAUUGCAGUGUUUCAGAUGCGGACGGCAUGAGAGAGGGGGAUGACGUGAGAGGGAACGUCUGGUCAUCGUCGCCAUGGCUUCAUCUUCACUGCAGACUUGUGACGAUCCCUUUGCUUGCCGAUCCGCUACUUGAACAGGAAACCAAAUCUGAUGAGAAUGAGCAUCUCUUCCCAUGGCAGGAUGUCAACAAGUGCAGACGGACCCAGCGGGACCAAGUUGAAAAUGAUGAUGGUGGUGGUAAUGAGGAGGAGGAGGAGGAUGGAUCGCAUGGGAGGGCAUCACAUAGGCAGAAAAGUUCAGAGAGACAGUGUUAUGAGGUUUUGAGCGAGUGGAGCUUGACGGAUGCAAAGACUAAGGAUAGCAAAAGCCAGUCAAGGGAGAAGGCUAAGAGGAGAGGAAGGAGGUCGAUACGUGAAAGCUCUUCUUCCCAAUCAGGUGCUGUAAGAGUCGUCGUUGCCGAUUUGCCAGUUCACAUGCAAUCAAGUUGGAAGAAGUUGGAGUUCUCGUGAUCUGUUUUCAAAGAAGAUAAUUUCUUGCUGUCCUUUUUUCAUCAAUCUAUUCACUGUAUUCAGUUGACAAAAUGCUCCAGCUGUUGCAAUCAAGGAUUCCUAGGUAUGUACUGUGUGCGUACCUACCACCUUCUUUUUUUUACUCCCCACCCCUAGGUACACAUCUUACAGCUUUACAACUUUGCGUCAUUCUUUUUUGCAAGUUCUUGGAUCUUGUCCGACAGUUUCUUGGAUUUCACUUGCCGUCGGAUUUCAUAUCUGUGGAAAUUUGCCCAGUAUUUGAGGAAGGUCGUGGCCGUUGCCCAAGCUACCGGCUGAAGCUUCAGCGAAGGUACAGAUGAGUGAGCAUUGGACGAUUUGCCAUAACAAUCGGUUAAGAGUCGGUUAAGAGUCUUAAAAGACUCUUUAAAGUAAAGAAUGCAUAGCAGU